UCUCGCACCCGUCGGCCAACCGAGACGGAGACCCCGAUUCCCCCAAUUUGUGAAACUCCCGAUCCAAAUCCAUCCAUCCCAACCCUAGAUCCCUCCUUCCUCCGGUCCCCCUCCCGCGACCCCGGCCCGCCAGAAGAGCACGCCGCCGCCGUCGCCGAGGAUGGAUUCUAAACGUAGGAGGAGUCAUAGUCCAGUUGAAUACAAGGAAGGCCGUGAUAAAGAUUAUGAGAAUUCUGGAAGGAAGGACAACUCGAGAGAUCUAGAGGAGUUGAGUAAUUCCAGACCUGGCAGAGGUCAUGAAUUUCCUAGGCACGCUGAUAGGCAUUCCUAUGAAACAUCACGUGAAACCAAGAGGCAUGAUGAUUAUAGGAGGUAUCAUGAUAAGCAUGCUGAUGAUUAUGGGAGGAGCCAUCCAAGAGCCUCUCGGUCAGAUCGUGAAUCAAGGGCUGAUACUUACUAUGAUCGUUCCAAGCGUGGUGGCACAUCUGGUAGAUCACGUGGUGAUCAGCGAGAUGUUGACAGCAGGUAUGGAGAGAAAUCUGUUAAUCGAGAGCAGAGGAGUAAGAAUGAAGGAAAGCAAGAGUCCCCUUGUAACUAUCAAAGAUAUGAUGAUGGAGAGUACGACAAAUAUGCAGACGCAAGAAAGCAAGAUUACCCUUCCAGAGGUUAUGGAGAUGAUAGAGAACAUGUUGAGAAAAGGGAUCAUUACAGGGUUGGUGGUAAGAACAAAGAAAUCAUCAAGGAGGAGGAGGUCCUGAAGAAGAGAAACGGAAAGGAAAUUGAAAAGGAAGCUGGGGUAGAUACUAAGGAGAGGAAAAGAAGUUUAUUCAGUUCUGCUGGGCCAAAUGUUGAUUGCUCAGGGGAUGCCAAGCUAUACUCAACCACAAAUGAAGCCUUGGAUAAAUCUGGAGGAACCUUAGACGGUGUGAGUGCAGCUAAAAUUGCAGCCAUGAAAGCUGCCGAAUUAGUGAAUAGGAACAUUGCAGCAUUUGGUCCUGGAACUGGGCGCUUAUCUACUGACCAGAAGAAAAAGCUUCUUUGGGGCAACAAAAAGAGCAAUCCUUCGGAGGAGACAAGUAAUCGCUGGGACUUGAGUUUGUUUUCUGAUCAUGAGCGCCAAGAGAAAUUUAACAAACUCAUGAGUCUGAGGAUGCCUUGGCCUAUUGCAGGGUGUGAAGAGCAGUGCCCCGGUUCAGGAGAACAAGGUCGAGAACAAGGAUGGGAGCUCAGCAGAAGCCAAGAAACAGGAGGAGCUCGACACCAACCUGGAGAAGCAUUACAUAGCAGGCCUGCGGAGGAGAGAUGGCCGGACAGUUGGUCUUGGCCUCUAGGAAACUGUGUUUGCAAAUGCUAUGGCAUCCAGAAAUCCGAGAGCUUGCCUAUGCGUUUCUGUGGCUUGUUUAUCCUUGCACGUAGAAAUUUAACUGGUUUUUUUGCGUUGUCUGUAUUACUGGGUUGUCAUGAAGCUCCUAAACAGUUAUGCCUGCAUGACACUUGUCUGCCGCGUUGGGAUGACUUAUCAUUCUGGAUGACUUGUUCACUGGUAUCUUUCAUUUGCGUAGGAAUACACUACAAACAGGACCGCAGCUACUUGAUGGCACAUGUUUUGUGUGGACCUCGGCAUGAGAAGAACCGAGGCUUUCAUCGUGGACAUGGAUUCUCUAAGCGUUGGCUCUGAAUCUUGUCA